GAAGUCCUUAACACAGCCAUUCUGACGGGGAAAACAGUGUCUGUUCCAGUCAAGGUUGUUGCUGUGCAGGAGGAUGGGUCCGUGGUUGAUGUUUCAGAGUCCGCCGAGUGCAAAUCAGCUGAUGAAGACAUUGUAAAGGUUUCUGACAGAUGUGACUCCAUCUUCGUUAAUGGCAAGGAAAUGAAAAGCAAAGUAGAUACUAUUGUUAACUUCACUUACCAGCAUUUUACCACCCAAUUAGAAGUGACGGUCUGGGUUCCACGGCUGCCGCUGCAGAUAGAGAUCUCUGAUACAGAACUCAGCCAGAUCAAAGGCUGGAGGAUACCCGUCACCUCCAAUAAAAGGCCUACCCGUGACAGUGAGGAUGAAGAGGAUGAUGAGAAAAAAGGAAGAGGCUGUACCCUCCAGUAUCAGCAUGCCAUGGUGCGAGUCCUCACACAGUUUGUAGCCGAAUCCUCUGAGUUUGGAGGCCACUUGACCUAUAUGCUAGGCUCUGAGUGGCAGUUUGAUAUCACUGACCUUGUGACUGAUUUCAUGAAGGUAGAAGAACCCAAGAUUGCUAAGCUUCAAGAUGGACGAGUUCUGGUUGGUCGUGAGCAUGGCAUCACCACGGUCCAGGUUCUGUCACCUCUUUCCGACUCCAUCUUGGCAGAGAAGACCGUGAUAGUUCUAGAUGACCGUGUAACCAUUACAGAUCUAGGAGUACAACUAGUUUCAGGCUUGUCCCUCUCCUUACAAAUCAGCAAAGGAAAUAAGAGAGCUAUUGUUUCUACCACCUCUGCGUAUGAUAUCCUUCAUACUCCGAAACAGGAAGCCAUAGUCAGUGCUUGGAUUUUGUUCAGUGAUGGGUCAGUGACGCCAUUAGAUAUUUAUGACUCCAAGGACUUCUCAAUCAGCAUCACUUCACUGGAUGAGAUGGUAGUGUCUGCACACCAAAACCUUCAGUCCAAAUGGCCUGGGAUAGUGGCGGAAGGGGAUGGGCAAGGACCUUUGAUUAAAAUUGAAAUGGUCAUCAGUGAGCCAUGUCAGAAGACUAAACGGAAGAGCAUUCUGGCUGUUGGGAAAGGAAGCGUCAAAGUGAAGUUUGGUCAAAAAGAUUCUGACCAAAAAGGAAGCAGUAAUGACAUUGAUAAUGUGGAUAGAGAUUUUAAAAGCCAUGCAAGCAACUCUGUAGAGAAACCUGCAGAACAAGAGAGGACAGCACAAGAAUGGUACAAAAACCACGAGGACAUGUCCAGUCAUGAGGACAAUGCAAACAAAAGCACAACUUUCAUAUCUCCCAUUGAUCAGGAAUCCCUGGAGGAUGGUCAGCUCCAGAAUAACCCAACUGCCUUUACAGGUUUCCCUGCGCAAGUAGAAAUACCAGGAGAAAACAAUCCCAGUGAUCUCACGUUGACUUCAAGAGGAUUAACAGAUCUGGAGAUUGGCAUGUAUGCCCUGCUGUGUGUUUUCUGCUUAGCAAUCUUGGUCUUCUUGAUUAACUGUGUGGCAUUUGCUUGGAAGUACAGGCAUAAAAGGUUUGCUGUGAGUGAGCAAGGCAACAUCCCCCAUUCCCACGAUUGGGUCUGGCUUGGAAAUGAGGUUGAACUGCUGGAAAACCCAGUUGACAUUUCACUCCCAUCAGAGGAGUGCACUACCAUGAUUGACAGAGGAAUGCAGUUUGAAGAAAGCAACUUUCUCCUUAAUGGGAGUUCUCAGAAGACUCUUCAUAAUCAUAUCCUCAGAUCUUCUGAGUACCUUUGUGAAAAAGAAGUUAAAAGUGAACCUAUAAAUCCUUCUGGGCCAAAGCAGAAGCGAGUAAAGUUCACUUCAUAUACAACAAUACUGCCGGAGGAUGGAGGCCCCUACACCAACUCAAUUCUAUUUGACAGUGAUGAUAAUAUUAAAUGGGUAUGCCAAGAUAUGAAUCUUGGUGAUUCCAAGGAACUUAGGGACUAUAUGGAAAGACUGCAAGACAAUAUGUAAAACUACUUUCUUAUGUUUGUAAUCACCUUUAUGCCUUCUGUUUAUGGAUGGUGGAGCAGUCAGUCCAGUCAGCAAUAGGAACAAGACAGUCCAACCUUGGAGUUACUGAGAUGAUAACCUGAUAUCACUGAGCAGGUACAAGAGGCUGGCUGAGUUAAACCUGUUUCACCACAAACCAGGAUGUGCCCCUAAAACAGCUACCUGUAGGUGUUGGAGGUGUCACACACGAUGGCUGUUUUUGUAUACUGCCUGGUACUAGCAAAAUGCUAAUACAACUACGCUCAGACUCAGAGGAGACUUCAUUUGUUUGUCAUCUCUCAUGAUAAAUGGUAAAUCAGAAAAGAAAGGAUAUUUGUUUGCAUUGAUUUUUCUAGUCGUCGUCCUUUGUAAAGCACAGUGGACAUUUCUUGCUUACAGCCUGAAACAAGGCUCUGAAUGAAUCUAAUUUUAUUGCCUAUGUGCAAUGCAGCCAAGUAGUCUUACUAUUUUUUACAGAUAUAAAAACCCCAAUGUGGUUAAUUUCUUUUCCUAUUGUUUAUGAAUUUUAUUUGACUUUGGGAACAUUAAAUAUUUUAUUUGAAAAUAUUUUUUUUUGUUGUACCCAAGUGUAGUACAGUAAUAUUUAUAAUGAUUUAAGUUUUCUAUUCAUCUGCAUCAGCCCCUAGAGAUACCUCCUUCAUCACUGAUUAUCUUUCUCCUUUCCAUAUGGGUAUAUGGGUUGUUAGUAUUUGAAACAUAGAAAGUUAUUAGAACUCUUACUGGGAAAGGGUUGUAUCUUCUUACAGGGAACUGUAAAUACAAUAAUAAACCCUGGAAAA